GUUCGUUGGGUAAAAAGUGCCUUCAUUCAAAUGGAAGCGACAUUCAUUUUCCUAACAUGAAUAAGAGUGAUUCGGUUGGGGUUCCAUCAAUGGACAAUAAAAUGGAGCUGACCCCUUCGACAACGAAUCAGUCUUUUCAUUUCAACCAGAUGCACCCAAAUAUGAGUAUAUCUAAAGGAACCUCUCAGGUUGCCUCUGAAACUUCAGCAGUGAAAACUAAUAUUACAGAUGAAAGGACCUUGACCAAUAGAAACUGGUCAACGGAAGAGGAGCUGGGAUCCGCCCACCCAUCCAUCAAAGUCAUGAGCAAGGCAUUUUUUGACCCUACUGUGAAACCUACAAUACCACCCGCUAUGCAAGACGUGGGUUUGAAAAAAGGUUUGUGCAUAAACAUCAACUACAGCCAAUGUGAAAUGCUGCCAUAUAACCGGACUACUCUGAGAUCAGUUCUUUCCAUUGUGAGAAGCAUUGAAAUGGAAAAAUUUCUCAAGUUCUUUGGUUAUCUCAAACGCCUCGGCUGUUAUCAACACAUUAUGCUGUUUGGAUGCAGCCUUGCUCUUCCUCAGUGCAUCAGCGAUGGUGUCAACAGUCACGGACUUCUGCCUUACUUUGUGAAGAAGAUGGAAGCUUCUUGUGCAGAAGCGGGGUUUGCAUCCCAAGGAUUCUGCAGUGCAAUGGCUUUAAUGAUUGUGAUGACUGGAGCGAUGAAUUGCAUUGCAAUUGCAGUGAAGAGCUUUUCCGCUGCGACACUGGGAGAUGCCUCAAUUAUACCUUUGUUUGUGAUGGUUAUGAUGAUUGCGGAGAUUUUAGUGACGAACAGAAUUGUGAUUGUAAUGUCGUGACUCAAUAUCAGUGUGGAGAUGGGAGAUGCAUAGCCAUGGAUUGGAUCUGCGACGGUGAUCCUGACUGCCUCGACAAAUCAGACGAAACCAACUGUUCAUGCCAUAGCCAAGGACUGGUGGAAUGCAGAAACGGGCAGUGUGUGCCCAGUGCUUUCCAGUGUGAUGGAGACAAUGAUUGCAAGGAUGGAAGUGAUGAAGAGAAUUGCGGUGGAAGCCAAAGAUUAUGCCAUGAAAGAGAUCAGAAGUGUAAUUCAACUUCCUGUCCUGAUCCUUGUAGGCAUUCUCCUCUCUGUGACGUGAACAGUACCCAAGUGAAUUGCAGUCAAUGUGAACACAUUACGCUGGAAUUGUGCCUGAACCUGCCGUACAAUUUUACGCAUUAUCCCAACUAUUUAGGCCAUCGGACGCAGAAGGAAGCCUCUAUUAGCUGGGAGUCUUCUCUCUUCCCAGCCUUGGUUCAAACUAACUGUUACAAAUACCUGAUGUUUUUUGCCUGUACCAUCUUAGUGCCAAAAUGUGAUUUUCAGACAAAUGAGCGUAUCCCACCCUGCAGGCCUCUUUGUGAGCAGUCCAAGGAACGUUGUGAAUCUGUUCUUGGAAUUGUCGGUUUACAGUGGCCGGAGGAUACAGAUUGUGCCCAGUUCCCAGAAGAAAAUUCGGACAAUCGAACUUGCCUGAUGCCCGAUGAUAAUGUAGAAGAAUGCUCACCCAGUCACUUCAAAUGUCGUUCGGGGAGGUGCAUCUUGGCUUCCAGAAGGUGUGAUGGGCAACCAGAUUGUGAGGACGAUAGCGAUGAAGAUUACUGUGCAACUAUAGAGUUUGCCUCCAGUGGGCCAGUUGUGACAGAACUUGUUCCAGUGUAUGAGCUUCCACAACAGGAAAAAUGGUUGAAUCUACACCCUGAAUGGGAGAAGAAAAACGGGUCCACAUUGCAUGCUCUUUUAGUAACAGGAGCCAUGGUGAAUGUCAUUGCCAUGGGAUUAGAGGGAGAAGCAAAUGAAUGGCUAGCAGCCCUCUAUAGGAGGAGAGCCCCCCAACUGCAGGAUGUUGACGAAUUCCUGCAAGAGCUAGAAGCCAGAUUCGAGGAGGUGGAGGAGGAUCAAUAUGCGGAGGAUGAGUUUCAGAAAUUAAAGCAGAGAGGGCAACCCAUUAAAGAAGACAUCCGAAGCUUUCACUUCAAAGUAAUGCCUUUCGGGCUGCAGGAGGCCUCAGCAGUGUUUAUGCAGUUAACAAAUGAAGUGCUGCAUGAGCACCUCUACAAGGGGGUCCUUGUCUACAUGAAUGACAUCCUCAUCUUCACUGAGACAAUAGAGGACCACAUACCCCUAGUCCACCAGGUGCUUGAAAAGCUUUUGGCAGCCAACUUAUAUGUCAAACUGUCAAAGUUAGAAUUUAGUUGCUUGUAG